AUACAAGUCGACCGAAGAAGACCCAUGAGACCGAAGGUGUGGAGUACCACUUCAUUUCCAAGCAUCUCUUUGAGGCUGACAUUCACAACAACAAGUUUAUUGAAUUUGGUGAAUACAAAGGAAAUUACUACGGUACCAGUCUGGACUCAAUCCGCUCCGUCCUCUCCAAGAACAAAGUGUGUCUGAUAGAUGUCCAGCCUCAUACAUUAAAGCAUCUGCGGACAGCUGAGUUCAAACCUUUCAUUGUGUUUGUGAAGCCUCCAACCAUUGACAGAUUGAGGGAGACCAGAAAAAAUGCCAAAAUUGUAUCAAGUAAAGAUGACAAAGGAUCUUCUAAACCAUUCACGGAGGAGGACUUUCAGGAAAUGGUGAACACUGCCCAGAUGAUGGAGAGUCAUUAUGGUCAUCUGUUUGAGAAGGUUAUAGUCAAUGAUGACCUCUCCACAGCAUACAGCGAGCUGCAGCAGGCACUGAAGAGACUGGAGACAGAGACUCAGUGGGUUCCAGUCAGCUGGACUCACUCCUGAGACCCAUUUUGACUGAAAAGGAGGAAAAGAGCAAAACAUGCAUUUUCUUAUUAUUUCUCAUUUAAUUUAAACUUUUUAUUAGUUCUGGCUGCUGAUUUGGAGGWUAAUGUGAAAAAGACAAGACAACAUAGACUUGUAUACAAGUCUAAUUUAAAAAAAUACCUUUUUCUUGGGGUCACUGUGGAUUUAGAUCACAGCUAUGGUCUUUAUCAAGACUUUAACAGUUUUUACAGCUGAGUUCUUGUGUCCAGAAUCUGGGCUCUGGAAGUAGGUUCGAGCUUCAGUUUGGGUCACCCAAUCAAAGCAGAGCAUCGAAUGAGAGUUUGGACCAUCAUCAACCACAUAUCCAGUUUUARUGUUUUUAACGCAGUAGACCUGUGGAAAAAAUAAUAAUAAUGAAAGGAACUAUUAAAGUUCUUGUUGAACAGUUUGUUUUUUUAAAGAACCAAACAUUGUAGGAUAAAACAGGGAGAGACAAAUACUUUAAAAUCUUUUAAAUAUUAUGAAUUAACUUGUAGUAUAAAUUCUUGGUACACUUUCAGGACAGAGCAAUAACUGUAGUUUUAUAUAUAUAUAUAUAUAAAUUAAUAUAUUUCCAUAUUUGUCUUUCAGUACCUUUUUAUAUACUUUCUAUAUAUGAUUCGUGAUUAACAUAGAAAGCUGUUCUAAAAUGUAGCCACCGUUUUUUAGAUUUUUAUUUGGUUACAUGAAUCAAAGUUUUUAAUUUUACUUUUUUGCUCGUUUCCCUCCUGCAAACCAUGUCCAGAAGUUUUCUUUUUAAUUUAGAUGUUUUUUUAUUUUAUUUUAUUUAGGAAGCCAUUUGAAAAACCUUCCUUCAUAGGUACCCUGCACAACAGCUUUGUUGUUUAAAGCCACAAAAAGUAAAAGGUUUUAUUAAGGUGUAUAUCUUUAAACACAAAACUCUAGACAAGGAUGCUAACAGGGGCUCUGCUGCACACAUCCAGGAUUUUAACAAAAAAGCUGCUCCUGAUUUUAUGAGCAUUCAUUUGUUGCUUGUGUCAGAGUCUUACUUGUGUCAGUUUUUUUUAAUUCGUUUUUAAUUUUUUUUUUUAUAUUUUCACAAAAAAAUUAGAUUUCUGAAAAGAUUUUUUUCUUCCUGUUUAAACUAAAGCUAAAAAUAAUCACAGCACAUUGUAUCUUGUGAUGUCUUGAAAUUAGUUUUUUACCUUUUUUCUGCUUGUGUUGCUUUUUUUGUUUUCCAUUUUGUUCACCAACUGUGAUUUUUUUUUAAUGGAGUAAACCUCGUGGGUUUUAAGAAAAAAAGGGAAUAUGUUCAGUAAAAUGAUAUUAACACACCUCACCACUAUUUUCCUUUUUAAGUUAGUCUGUACAUUUGUUUUCUGCUUGUAAUAUCUGCCUUUAGCCACCUGUAUUGAACAGAUUCAGAUUUGUACAGUCUCCAGAAUAUAUUUUUUAUUUUUUUCUGUAAAUUAUGUUGUUCACCAGGCAAGUUGUGUAAAUUUACACUGUAUUUCAUAUUAAAGAAAAUCAAGCGUCACUUGUUAAAGAUGUUAACUUAUAUGUAUAACAAAGUAACGUCUGACACCAGUGAUGUGUGAGCUGGAACAGAAUUUAAAAGGAUUCCAAUGUUUUCAGGAUUUGUGCCUCUGACAUGUAUCUUUGAAAUAAAUACUGCAGGUACAACA